AUGGAGUUCAAAUUGCCUGAGAAUGAUACUACAUCAGCCCAUAUUGAGCUUCAUGAAAAGCUUCCAGUCAAACAAUGUCAAAAUGCCGUGCUAGAAGUGGCACCAUCAGAAUACAACAGAAUCUUACGAAAAGUCGACUGUCGAGUGAUCCCUAUCUUAGCUACUUUAUACCUCUUGAGCUUUUUGGACCGAGGUAGCAUCGGAAAUGCAAAGAUCCAAGGAAUGGCUACUGACUUGGGACUGGUCGGCAACCAAUAUAACUGGUGUCUUACAGUAUUCUUUUUUCCAUAUUCGUUCACUGAGCCCGUUUGCAAUCUUUUGCUGGUCCGAUUGAAGCCUAGUAUUUGGCUUCCAUCUAUAAUGGUUGCAUGGGGGAUUGUGAUGACUUUGACUGGGAUUGUUCGAAAUUACUCUGGUCUUCUAGCGGCAAGAUUCUUUCUUGGACUUGCCGAGGCAGGUCUGUUUCCUGGUCUGGCUUUCUACAUCUCCCUCUGGUAUCCACGUGCAAAUGCUCAAUUUAGACUUGCUCUGAUAUUCGCAUCUGCUUCAAUGGCUGGUGCAUUUUCUGGUCUUCUAGCUUAUCUUAUCAGCAUGAUGGAUGGUGUUGGUGGUCUAGAGGGCUGGCGAUGGAUUUUUAUCCUUGAGGGAAUCUUGACUGUCCUUGUUGCAGCUGUUUCGUACCUCUUUGUCUGGGAUGAGCCAGCUACUGCAACAUUCCUCACCGAAGACGAGAAGAAAGUUAUUCUAGAUGCUUUGAGGUAUCCACAAACUGAGACCUCCACAAAUGCUCAACUCGGAAGUGAACAUUCUUUCAAGUGGAAGCAUGUUACCGAUGCGAUUCUAGACUGGCAGACAUGGUUUCAUUGUAUUGGGUAUUGGGGAGUUGCCGUAGCAGUGUAUGCGCUAUCACUGUUCCUUCCCACCAUCAUCAGUGGACUCGGCUAUUCAGCCGCCAUUGCUCAACUCUUGACAAUUCCGAUUUACGCAGCCGCCACGAUAUCCUGUAUCCUAGUCGGCUAUUUUGCAGAUAAAACCGGACAGCGGAGUUUCUUCACUUUUGCCUGCUAUACUGCUACAGUUGUCGGAUAUCUCAUCGCUGUUGUCCCGCCCACAUUCUUACCUGGCUUGACAUACGCAGGAUGCUUUAUUGCUGCAUGUGGAAUUUAUCCAGCUAUCCCUGGUCUACUGGCCUUGUCUUCAAAUAACUGGGCACCUAAUGCGAAGCGAGCCGUUGGUAUGGCUAUUCAAAUGGGUUUCGGCACAAUGGGUGGAGCUGCGGCAUCAAACUUUUACCGGAGCACAGAUGCUCCAAGGUAUCGUUUGGGGCACGCUUUGGUGCUCGCAUUCGCUGGAUUGGGGCUAGCCACUAUGGUAUUAUACUACGUUAUAUGUCGCAGAGUAAACGCUAAGAGGGAAGCGGAAGCUGAUAGCGUUUAUCAGUAUACUUCGGACCAGUUGGUUGAUAUGGGUGACAAGGCACCAAGUUUCAGGUAUAAGCUCUAA